AUGAUUGCCUUAGCAGAAGAGAAGGCCCCUAGAAAAUCCCUAUGGCAAAGGCAUAGAGCCUUUCUUAGUGGAAUAGUUGCUCUUAUCAUUAUCGGCACAUUCCUCCUUACCUCAGGUUUCCAUCCAGCACCACCCCAUGAGGCAAAGCGUCCACACCAUGGUAAAGGCCCCAAACACUCACCCAAAUGUGAGAAGAUUGAAGCAUUAAGUCCAUCAUUUAAACACUCUGUCGACACAAUUCUCCAUGACCCUGCGUUUAGAAACGGCUCUAUUGAAAAACUGUCCAACGCUGUUAGAAUCCCCACUGUAGUCCAAGACAAAAACCCCAACCCUGCAGAUGAUCCGGAUUUCUACAAGCAUUUUUAUGAAUUGCACGACUAUUUUGAAGAGACUUUCCCUAAUAUUCACAAGCAUUUGAAAUUGGAGAAAGUCAAUGAGCUGGGUCUUCUGUACACAUGGGAAGGUUCAGAUCCUGAUUUGAAACCAUUAUUGUUAAUGGCUCAUCAAGAUGUUGUACCUGUAAACAACGAAACUCUGUCGUCCUGGAAUUUCCCUCCAUUUUCUGGCCAUUAUGAUCCAGAAACCGAUUUUGUUUGGGGGCGUGGUUCUAACGAUUGUAAGAACUUACUGAUUGCCGAGUUUGAAGCUAUUGAACAAUUGUUGAUAGACGGAUUCAAGCCCAACAGAACUGUUGUCAUGUCUCUUGGUUUUGACGAGGAAGCUAGCGGCACUCUCGGUGCUGCCAGCUUAGCCUCCUUUCUUCACGAAAGAUAUGGUGAUGAUGGUAUUUACAGUAUCAUUGACGAAGGUGAAGGUAUCAUGGAAGUCGACAAGGAUGUCUUUGUUGCCACUCCAAUCAACGCUGAAAAAGGCUAUGUCGACUUCGAAGUCAGUAUUCUAGGCCAUGGUGGUCAUUCUUCUGUCCCACCUGAUCAUACCACAAUCGGUAUCGCUUCGGAAUUGAUCACUGAAUUUGAAGCUAACCCAUUUGACUACGAAUUUGAGUUUGAUAAUCCGAUUUAUGGAUUGUUGACAUGUGCUGCAGAACAUUCUAAAUCUUUAAGUAACGAUGUGAAGAAAACGAUUUUGGGCGCACCAUUCUGUCCUAGAAGGAAGGACAAACUUGUUGAAUAUAUUUCUGAACAAGCUCAUUUGCGCAGUUUAAUAAGAACUACACAAGCUGUGGAUAUCAUCAACGGUGGUGUUAAAGCUAAUGCUCUGCCCGAAACUACGAGAUUCUUGAUUAAUCACAGAAUCAAUUUACACUCUUCCGUCGCUGAAGUCUUCGAAAGAAAUAUAGAGUACGCAAAGAAGAUUGCUGAGAAGUAUGGCUAUGGUUUAUCUAAGAACGGCGAUGAUUUCAUUAUCCCUGAAACCGACUUAGGCCACAUUGACAUUACUCUCUUGAGAGAAUUGGAACCAGCACCACUAUCACCAAGUUCAGGCCCUGUUUGGGACAUUUUGGCGGGUACCAUCCAAGACGUUUUUGAAAACGGUGUUUUACAAAACAACGAAGAAUUUUAUGUGACUACCGGUUUAUUCUCCGGUAAUACCGAUACCAAAUACUACUGGAAUUUGUCCAAGAACAUUUAUAGGUUUGUUGGCUCUAUUAUUGAUAUUGAUUUACUCAAGACUUUACAUUCCGUUAAUGAACACGUGGAUGUCCCAGGUCAUUUAUCCGCCAUUGCCUUUGUUUACGAGUACAUCGUUAAUGUUAACGAAUAUGCUUGA